AUGGCCAUUUCCGAACUACUGCACCACAAGAAACCCACUGCAAUAACCGUCUCGCAGUUCGUGAACUCCUUCCAGCGAAUAUGGCACGACUCAAGGACGCGCGGGGGCCAGCGAGCGCGGGACAUCCGUUUCCCAUCCCGACUAGGCCUGGCCAUCAGCGGCGGCGCCGACAGCAUGGCGCUGGCCUACCUGUGCCGCGAAUGGGAGAAAUCCACUCCUGAGGUGACCGUGACAGCCUUCAUCGUGGACCACCGCGCGCGCGCGGAGAGCUCGCGCGAGGCCGCCACCGUCGCCUCCUGGCUCGCAGACAUGAACAUCACCACGCACAUCCUGCCGCUCGACUGGUCCAGCCUGACCACGAGUCCGCAGACCCUGCCCGCCUUCGAGACCCACGCCCGCCGCCUCCGCUUCCAAGCCCUGGGCCGCGCCGGCCGCGCCGCGCACAUCGACGCCCUCCUGACGGGCCACCACCGCGACGACGCCGUCGAGACCACGCUGUGGCGGCUCUGCACGGGCGCGCGCGGCGCCGGGCUCGCCGGGAUUCCGGAAUGCACGGGCAUCCCCGAGUGUCAUGGGAUGUUUGGGGUGGUGGGGAGUCGGGGGGUGGAGUUGUUGACAUCCGCAUACCCUGGCCCUUUUCCUUCCCAUUCCCAUUCCCAGGUGGGCUCUGGCCAGCAGCAGCAGCAGCAGCAGCAGCAGACAGCGCCAAUGGCCACCGGAACCCUCCCCAUCAUCCGCCCGCUCCUCGCCUUCCCCAAAUCCGACCUCCUGGCUACCUGCGCCACUCACGGAAUCCCGUUCGUCUCCGACCCGACGAAUUUCGAUCCCACGCUGACGCCCCGCAAUGCCAUACGGAGUCUGUUGGCACAACAGAAACUGCCGCGGGCGCUGCGCGAGGGGUCCGUGUUGGGGUUGAUGGGGGCGAGUCGUCGACUUAUCAGGACGGCUGAGGAGGAGUCGGAGCGGCUGUUGCGGUUGUGUGGGGUUGGGGGGUUCGUGCCGGAGACGGGGAUCCUGGGUGUUAGGUUUCCUUCGCUUGCAUCUUGUGGUGAUUCUGUUGGUGAGGGUGAGGGUGAUGGUCAGGGUGAUGCUGCUGUUGAACGAAGUGUACACACCCAAAUACAAGCCCUCGCCCUCCGCCGCAUCACGGAGCUCGUCUCCCCGUUCCCGGAUAAUCACUUCCCGCUGCGCGCGUUCGAGCCGUUUGUGGCGAGGGUGUUUCGGGGCAAGCAGGAGCAGGAGCAGGAGCACCAGGAGCAGCCGUUCACGCUGGGCGGCGUCCUGUUCCAGCCCCUGUCGUUGUCCCAGGCCCAGAAGAAGAAGGGCGAGGAGAGUUUAUUUCUGAGAGCUGCUGCAGCUCACGCCCAGGGGUCUGAUGCCCCCAAGAACAGCAACGGCAACAUCCAAAACACAUGGCUCCUCUCCCGCCAACCGUACAUGAAGAACCGGCUCCCGGUUCUGGAUUUCCACCUCUGCACGGAGGGAUCUGUCACCACUACUGAACGGCAGGAGCAGGAGCAGGAGCAGGAGCAAGAGCAAUGGCACCUCUGGGAUAACAGAUACUGGUUCCGCGUGGGCUGGUCCAGCAGCAGCAGCAGCAGCAGCAGCAGCAGCAGCAGCAGCACCACACCACCAAAAUCAAUCCCCCACCCCAACCCCAACCCCAACCCCGGAAUCAGUUCUCAAAACCCCGAACCCCCGAAAAUCCACAUCCGCAUCCGCCCCCUCCAGAAAUCAGACCUCAACAUCCUCCGCCAGUUAAUCCCAACACAAACCGCCCACCACCACGAUCUCAGCAAGCACAUCAACAAGACCGACGGGGAGCAUACCCUUUCCCAGUCGGAAACGAAAACAGAUAGUGAUACUAACACCGAUGGUGAUAGCGAUGAUGUACAAAACGCAAACCAGCAGGGAAGAAUAGCAGACCCCAAAGCCCUCACCCGCCUCCUCGCGCAGGUCGGCCCCGGACGCACGCGAUUCACUAUCCCCGUGCUGGUGCAGGUGCUUGUUCGGCAGCAGCAGCAGCAGCAGCAGCAGAAGCAGCAGCAGCAAACCGUCACUGUCGAGGAUGGGCAAGAGGAGCACAAGCACAACCCCAAACUCACCUCCACCUCCGACUACCGCAACAAACACAAAUCCGACUUCACAUCCAAAUCCAACUUCCCCACCAUCCCCAUCCCCAUCCCAAUCCCCAAACCAUAUUCCCAACUCGCAACAGAGGUGGAACACGGCCAAGACACAGACACCACCACCGCCACCACCAGCGGCAGAAGAGGAAGAAAUCCCCCUCGCCCUCCCGACGCUGGAUCUGUGGCUUCCUUCCUCGCCGGCAUCCAAACAACAAGAAUGGCCGGAGGGGAAGAGCCUACGCUGGGAAUGGCGGUAUAAGAUGGUGGAUCGGACGGGGACGCUUCGAUUAAUGGGGUGGGAAUCGGAGGAGUAGUCGCUUCACCUAGUCAC